ACAAAUUCUGUCACUGUCAUUCUCUGUUAUCAUAACCUUCUAAUUUAUAAACUUAGAAAAAUAUACUGUUGAUAAAUAUUAAUGAUAAUUGAUAACCUUUCUAGCGUGACAUACCAAACUAUAAUUUUAUAUUCGUUGUUUAAGCGUGUAACUAAACUAACAAAAAAGUAUUACCUCAAAACCAUUGCAAGCUAAGAACACAACAAGGCAUACAAUGACAGAAUACUGGCAGUCGACCGCUCGGAAAUAUUGUGAAUUUUGCAAGUGUUGGUUUGCAGACAGUAAAGUGUGUAUAUCAUUUCAUGAGAAUGGUAAGAGACACAAGGAAAAUGUUCAAAAGCAUAUUUCUCAACUUAGCAAAAAAAGUGCAAAGGAAUUUAAGCAAAAAGAAAAAAUUGAUGAUGAAAUGAAAAAAAUGGAAGCAGCUGCCAUGGCUGCUUACUUAAAAGAUGUUAAGAAUAAUGGUGAUCUCACAUCUAAAGUUAUAAAUGAAAUGGUUGAGAAAAGCGGAGGCAGUGCAGCUGAUAUAACUCUCAGUUGUAGCACAAAAGAUAAAUCAGCUCCUGAGUGGCAUGAAAUUAAAAGUGAGAGUGGAAGUUCUUAUUUCUGGAACACAAAGACAAAUGAAACAACCUGGAAUCCACCAGAUAAUUAUUUAUCAAUAGUAAAACAAGAAGAAAAGAAACUAAAAAAUGAGCAGCCAGAAAAGAAACAGAAAAAACCUAAGAAACAAAAACAAGAUGAGUGUUUCAAAGAAGUUGAAGCUCUAAUGAAAAGAGAGAAAAUGAAAGAUUUAGCCGAUAACACAAAGCCUAGCAAUAGUGAUGUCCAGUAUGGGCCGUCACAACGCCCGGCCAAUCCGUAUGGUUCAUGGAAACCAGUUGUUGAUGAGUGUCAAGAAACCAUAGACCUCCAGUUGCCAAAAGGCAAGGAGCAGCCUCCGCCGCCCGUAGUCGUGCUGCCAGAAGUGGUGCAGUUCAAGGAGAAACGCGUCGAGUCCCUCGGUGACGGACCAGUCGACUUCAAGAAGAGAAAAUUGAACGUCCAAAAACGGAACAUACGACAGAAACUUGACGAUGAUUAAUAAAUAUUAUAAU